UGACGUCGGGAGGGAGGGCGACGCCGCGACGGCGACGCGGACGGGCGCUAGUAAAAAAAAAAAUCCUUCCAGCCUUGCUAGUGAUAGUAUAAAAAUAACCACAGGGCUGAGAUGCCGGGGAUGAGCAGGAGUCGCGGGGAAGGAGGAGCAGCAAGCAAGCAACAAGGGAGAGUCGGUCAACUCAAGAGGAUGGUCAAGAGCAAGAAGAUGGGAAACACACAGCAGCAGCUGUUCGUACUCUUCGUAGUCUUCCUCCUAUCUCCGGUCGCCCCGCAGGAACUUAUGGGCGUGCAGGUAGUCAGAGCAGUGAAACCAAUCCCAAAUUCCAUUCUCGGGGUUGAGGAGGGAGACAAUUCCAGAGGAAUCAUCCAGAAGGACAUCAUAGAGACGGUCAACAACCAUCCCAAUGCUGGGUGGACGGCUGCACACAAUCCUUACUUUGCAAACUAUACUAUUGCACAAUUUAAACGUAUCCUUGGAGUGAAGCCUACACCACAGAAUGUGCUGACUGAUGUUCCUACCAAAACUUAUUCAAGAUCACUGAAACUUCCAAAGGAGUUCGAUGCCAGAUCUAAGUGGUCUCAUUGCAGCACAAUUGGGAACAUACUUGAUCAAGGUCAUUGUGGCUCCUGUUGGGCUUUUGGUGCCGUGGAGUGCCUCCAGGAUCGUUUUUGCAUUCAUAUGAACAUGAACAUUUCACUAUCAGUCAAUGACCUACUGGCAUGCUGUGGUUUUAUGUGCGGUGAUGGUUGUGAUGGAGGCUAUCCUAUCAUGGCAUGGCGCUACUUUGUUCAAAAUGGUGUUGUCACAGAGGAGUGCGAUCCAUAUUUCGAUCAGGUUGGUUGCAAGCAUCCUGGAUGCGAACCUGCUUAUCCUACACCAGUGUGUGAAAAGAAAUGCAAGGUGCAGAACCAAGUUUGGGCGGAAAAAAAGCAUUUCAGUGUCAAUGCGUACAGAAUAAAUUCUAACCCAGAUGACAUAAUGGCAGAGGUCUACGAAAAUGGCCCUGUAGAAGUUGCUUUCACAGUUUAUGAGGAUUUUGCCCACUACAAAUCUGGAGUAUACAAGCACAUUACUGGUGGCAUGAUGGGUGGCCAUGCCGUCAAGUUGAUUGGAUGGGGAACCAGUGAUGCUGGAGAGGAUUACUGGCUUCUUGCAAAUCAGUGGAACAGAGGCUGGGGUGAUGACGGGUACUUCAAGAUCAUACGAGGCAGAAACGAAUGUGGCAUCGAAGAGGACGUUGUUGCUGGAAUGCCAUCCACAAAGAAUAUGGUCAGAAACUACGGUGAUUCCUUUGGAACAGCUGUAGUUUGAUCACUGCCCUAGGCCUGAAAUACUAUUGGACAGGACAACCAUGUACUUGUAUCGCUGAAUGCUGAUGAGCUUUGUAAAGUAGCCUUGAUGGUGUAUGAAUUUUAUAUACCAGCACGUUGGCAAGGCUGGAAGGUUGCUGAGAUAUGGCAACUUCUGUUCUGAAACAUAUAUGACAGUGGAUCUCGCUCUCAGCCAGCAGAUCCGGGUUCGAGCCCUGCCUUCUUCUAAGUGCAAUGCCGGGAGGCGGUCUGUCUCUUCCCGUCUCGUUUUUUUUUCUGUUCUGAGACAUAAAUGACAGUUGUGGCUGUUGCAUUC